AUGUUGUCGUUCAUUCUGAUACAAAACAGGCAAGGUAAGACGCGACUGGCGAAAUGGUACGUCCCGUACAGCGACAAUGAGAAGAUCAAGCUCAAGGGCGAGUACCCAACCAUCGCACGAGCGUUCUACAACAAGGCUCCUGUCAUUUCUCAGUUCCUAGCAGAGGAAAUCUUCAGACAACUUCAGGGUGCGGAAGAGGAAGAUAUCAGACUCCGCCUGUCCGAUCCACAACUCCGACAAAGGCAGGCAAAAUCAAGUAGACAAUACACUCCAAACAUCUGGAGAAGGGUUAGAACACGACCUAUUAGCAAGCAAACCCGACAGCUCGCCCGUUAUAACCGAACCGUCCGACUUACGAUCCGAAUAUCUCCUCUUAAAAACGAGGGAGGUGUCGAGGUCGAAGAGGACGUAGCAGGAAAUGAGAACUUUGUCACCUUCGAGGAGAUACUGGCCGCUAACGACCCACCUCCUACUCUAUAUCAGUAA